GUGCCGUUGAUACCACUUGCAUGAUUCAACGUCAGCUCUCUUUCUUUCUUUCAAUAAUCCCUGUACACAAGCAAAGCACUAUUCCUCUGUCACUAUAAAUAGUUCAAAAGUCCCAUUUAACCAUCACACACUCAGUAUCUACAGUACUCUUAUCCAACAUAUAUCACUCUGAAGCAUCCUCCAUUAUCCUAACGGCCUCAAUCGUCAACAGCAUGGCUUUUCAACCUUUCUCACCAUGGAUGCCUCCAUCCAUUGCAAGUUCUAGCAUUUCACAAAGACAGAAAUUCCCUGCAAGAGAAGAAUAUCUAGACAAGGAAUUCCACGGCAUCCCUAUUAGUAGAUUGUCGUCUGGUAAUUCUAUACGGCCUAAUACUCAACAACAUACCAAAGGAUUAUCGUCGCCACCCUCGGAGUCCUCAAAUUGGAAGGAUAAGGGGCUCAGCCCGACCCAGCCUCACGAAAUUCUCCCUCCCAAAUUCUCCGGUCCUUUCUUGCCAGGCCUCGACGUUGGACCCUGGAGUCCACCUGUUACUCAACAUCAAGGUUGGAGCUUCCAGCAGCAAUCUGUUAGUGCCGUUGAAGAGGUAUGCAAUACUCUAUAGUUUUGUAUCAAUGCUGAACUCUGUUAUCAAGCGGCUUGUGUUGGCAGAUGCCAAGAUUCAACAGCUUACAAUGGAAAAUCGACGUCUCCGGCAGUUUAUUGUGAAUGGAAACCUAGACAAGCCUGCUGCAAACUCAACGUUGUCCAAGGUUAACAAUUAUAAGAAUCAACAAACUAAUACUCGGCCAACGUCCACUCUUUUGGAAAUGAAAGACUCUCUGUCCGACUCUACCAUGUCAAAUUCAAGCCUCACGCAGGGACUUCAGGAUAUAACCAAUACUUUUGGUGCAAACCCUUUUGCAGAUGAAAACAGCUCUACACAGAAAUCAGUAUACUCAGCCCCUCAUGUAGUUGUGCAAAGCGUUGUGCAAGGAACGUUCAAUUUCGCCACCAUGCCUACUCACCUUAUUAGAGCCAUUGUUUGGACUCUUGCCUAUUGUCAACCUAAAAACAAUCAUGAAAGGUAGAUGAACCAGCUCUGAAGCUUGUGCUGAUGCGUGCAUAGCACGGGAUUGAAAACGGCCGUCAAAGCACUCACCGCCCGCUUUGGAGUGUCCGAUACAUCAGAACCAUCUACAAUCCUUACUAAAUCCAUUAUUGACUGGGCUAAACCCCUGUGCUACACAUCAUGCGGUAACUACCUCUGUCAACAACUUCUUGAAAGAGGAACAUUGGAAGACAGAAAGUCAUUCCUCAAUCAAAUCAGUGAUGAUAUCGUGCCAAUUGCAAGCAACAAAUUUGGAACCCACGUCUUAUGCAAAGCAAUCAAUCUGAAGGAGCUAGAGGAACCAGUAGCUGGUGCUUUAUUUAGGUACGGAGUGUAUGAGUCUAUGCAGACUGGUGCCAGGAGGCUUUGGAGGGAGUACCUAGAAAAGUGCCGUCAAGCCAGAAACUCGGAUAUUUUCCAAAAGGUCAAUCGUGAAAUGGUCGGACGCUGGGCUGAUCUGGCCUGUGCCAACGAGCAUGGAUCGAUAUCAGUUCAACAAGUUUUUGAAGUCUUUGGAUCCCUUGAAUUAAUGAUUCCUUGCUUUCAAGAGAUUUUGGAAGAUAUAGCGCAUAUUUCCAACAAUCAAUUUGGCCACUUUGCGAUCACAAAACUAGUUAGCUACCCCAAUUUCUAUAAACAGACAUGCGAGGCAAUCAUAAACUCCUACCCGCCAGUUGCUACCACCCAUCAUGGAGUGAAUCUUGCCAAGAUCGCCCUGACCGAAGGAGGCCGGGCAAGCUUCAUUAAGUAUGUGGAGGCUAUUUGUCGACAGGAUGACGGGCGUACACCUGGAAUCGUCACCAUCGCCACAUCUUCCAUUGGUAAAGCCCAUCUGACUUUUCUCAUGUCAUGUCUCACUCCUUCGGAGCAUGUUCGAGUUCGUUCGACCUGCCGUGCGUAUAGCACCAGUCUUCGAAACUGCCAAAGCGGUAACGAUCUUCUUCGGGCACUCGGCAUCAUGCAUUCCACCUCAGCAAAGCAUCGUAAUACUGGCAUCAAUAAUGUAUGAACCAACAGCAUUCAAACACACAUAAUAUUACAAAUAGUAGUGUUGUUUGACAACAAUCGUUGCAGGAACGGUCUGUCCUAACAGACGUGUUUGAUUCCUCAGAACUAUCAUGCCAUGAUAUUUGGCUAGCUGUGGAUUAUUUUAGUCAUUUGUUUCUCACCAAUCAUACGUACAUAUCAUUUUAUCACGGUCCAUCAGAAAUUGUC